GCAUCACUUGGGCACGGCGCAUGCGCCGCACAUCUCAGGCUGUGUUCUCUUCUCCUGCCGUUGCAAACCGUCUCCUAGAGAACAUAAGAAGCCAUGAUCACCACCGAGGCCACUAGGGAGCUCCAGGCCAAAGAGCAUAAAUACAAAGAGCAGCUGAAGAGAUGUUUAUCAUCUGCUUUGUCUGCAGACCUGAACAGGUUGCUGCAGGAGGAGCUGGAAGCUGAUGUUUCUCUGUAUACUGGCUCAGGCUCGCUCCGAGCACACAGAGCCUUACUGUUGGCCAGAGCCCCUCAUGUCCUUCAGGGACAGAUGCACAAAGAUCCCUCCAUCAUUCAUGUGCCAGGCUAUGAGUUGUCCAGGCUGAAAGAUUUCCUCAGGCAGGUGUACACAGCAGACCAGAGCACGCGCUCAUCUGAGAUAAUUCCAGAUGUGGAGACCUCUGUGCCCGAAAGAACCCUGUCUGUGCCUAACCCUGCACACCUUCAGAGCUCCACUGAGUCAGUUGUUCUUGAGCCAGCGUCGGGGCUUGGAGCUGACCUGCUGGACCUGUAUCAAAGAGGGGAGCAGUGUGACAUCACCAUCCAAGUAGGAGAGCAGGUUUUCUCCUGCCACAGGGCAAUAUUGUGUGCACGAUCUCAGUACUUCAGAGCCAUGCUGAGUGGGAGUUGGAUGGAGAGCUCCAGACAGUGCAUCACUCUGCAAGGCUUGGGGCCAGAGGAGAUGGAGAUCUUGCUCCAGUUCAUGUAUGGAGCCAUAGUGGAUCUGCCCUCUGGAGCCAGUGCCAGCCAGGUGGUGUUGGCAGCAGACAUGUUGGGUUUGGAGGGACUGAAAGAUGUGGUGGAGAUGGUUCUGACCCGAGACUACUGCCGCUUCUUCCCCAGGCCAGUUGAUGGGGUUCAGAGAACAGUUCUCGAGUGCCUGUCCCUCACACACACCUUAGGCCUUCAAAACCUCCACAUGCUGUGUAAGAGGUGGGUUGCUGAACAUUUUGUGAAGACAUGGUGUGAGAGAAACUUUUCCCUCUUGUCCCCUGAGCUUCACAGAGCCUGUCUGACUGCUGUAACUGAAGCCAUGACUGUGCAGAAUGCAGUAACCAUGCUCUGUGGCACUGAGCAGUUGAUUGGCAGUCUCCCAGAAGUCAAGUGGGCCCAACAGGUGAGGAGUCUUGCAGCAGAAUUACAGGAGGAGAGCCUACGCGUCACUAUCCAGCACCUCCCUCAAGUCAUCCGCACUCAAGCCUUCCAUGACCUUUGCAGGAGGGAAGAGUUUACCCGAGAACCCACAUUGCUGAAGAAGCUGUGUUCAGCCAUCAGGGAAGGUGCCACUGUGGACAACUGCUGUGAUCUUUUUGCUGCUGUGAACUACCUGUGUGGAGAUGAUGUGGAAGAGGACUCUCUCCUGGAGCUGGGAGGGAAAAAACAACAGGAGCAGCCGUUCAGGCAAGAGAUUUGUACACUGCGCGGGCGGCUGUGGACCUUCCUGCUUCAGAGCUUUUACGCGGUCCGCCACACGCAGGGAUGGGUGACUUUGUCAUCCAAACACAGAGAAAAGAUACUUGCAGAUGCUAUUGAUAAAGGGGAUAAUCGAAGACUUGGAAAGAAGCCGGUAUUCACUAGCUCACAGCAAAGGGCUAUAAAAUGCCCUUCAUCAGCUCCUGAGAGUCCUCCGGUGCAAAGGACCCUCUGGGUGUCCAAACACACUGCUUCUUCCUCCCAUAGUGCUGCAUCAGCCAUGAAGUCUGAUGGACUGGGGUCAGCUAACAAAUCAGGAGAUGGCCACACAUCCAAGGCAAAGAAUGUAAAGAAGGUAGAAGAUCGAAGUGUAGCAGCAAAAGGGAAGGCAACAUCAGCUGCCACACCAGUUGUCAGUGGCACUGCAGGGGCCAGGCGUGAUCUAGCCUGUAUGAGUAGUCCCAGAAGUUCUCAUUUAGCUAAAGAGCCAGAAAAGAAGCCAAACUCAGGAGCUAGGUCUAAAACCUCUCCCCCGAGCUGCACAUCUACAAGCCAAACAACAGGAUUAAGGACUCAGAAGAGCUCGGCAGGAAAGGCUGACACCACCCAAGCUCAGCUCAGUGCUUCAUCCACAUCAGGCAGCGCCUCGCCAGAGAACGGUUCCAGCAACCACUCCAUUCCAGGCGCAAAGCCCAAACACCAGGCUAAGGCAGUGACCAGAUCCCCACUGACAAAACCUCCUCAGAAACAAGAUACAACAAAGACGAGCAGUCCUACCAAUAAAUCAAGUGUGAGAGAAAGUGGCAAAGUCAAGCUUGGUGCAGCAGAGAAAGCAUCCACUGGUGUGACAGCAGCAAAAGCAGACAGCAAGGGAAGAGGGGCACUGGACCAUCAUGUCUCCAAGCAUGGGUCCUCCAUAAAAAAGCCAGCUCCCCCCAGGAAAGAUGACAGCAAGGACGGGUUGAAAUCCUCAGCACCAAACAAAACAGGCAGCGAAGCUUCUAAAAAGACCACAAAACCUGUCUCAGUAAACGGAGCUCCAUCUAAAUCCAGUGCUAAUCCAGCAAAAGCCUCUUCUGCCCCCUCCAAGCAAUCUUCAGUAGUAGCUGCUAAGUCUGGACCAAAGCCAAAAUGUCCUACUGAAUUAUCUACAGAGAAAGCUUCACCAAAAUUUGGAGGAACUUCCAAGACCUCUGCUGCUGGUGCCUCCAAGAAAUUAGGAACUAAAGCAAAAGAGGCAUUGAAUGAUAAAAAUUCAGAAUGUAACACUGAGCUUGGUACAACAGAGAACACUGGUGAUAUCACAGACCAUCAAGAUAUUAUAGAGCCAGUGCCCUCUGACCAGCCUGCAGCACAGUCAGACAGCCAGGGUGGAGGGGAUUCUCUGAGGCUUCAACUAGAAUCAGGUCUUAAGCAGAGUCUUGAGAAGACUGAAACACAGUCAGGAAACACCAAAGACAGAGGAGAUGAGAGCAGUGUCACACCAGAAGCUAGCAACAUCCCUCAUGUCAAACCUACUGACGCUGUUGCUUACAAACAGACCGAAGGGAGUAAAGUGAAAGAGUCUCCGAGUGGUGUCAUCCCUUCUCAUGUCAGUGGAGAGCAGCUUCUCGAGAUCAGCUCCCCAAGUUCCCCAAAAGACACGGAACACCCCGUAGACACCCCCUGCAGCGUGGGAAGCACUGACACCCCCUUAGAGGACUCUUGGAGUGGCAUUCACCAUCAGGUCAGUCCAGAAUCUGAGACGGGCAGCCCACACACCACUUCCUCUGACGACAUCAAGCCCCGCUCAGAGGACUACGACGCUGGAGGGUCACAAGAUGAUGACUGUUCCAACGACCAAGGUGUUUCUAAGUGCGGUACCAUGCGCUGUCAUGACUUCUUAGGUCGCAGUAGCAGUGACACAAGCACCCCAGAAGAGUUAAAGAUGUACGAAGGCGGAGCUGGGUUGAGAGUGGAGGUACGGCUGCGUGGGAGAGAGCCAGAGACCACCAGUGAGGAGGAGGGACUACGACAACGGCCUCGGUCCUGGUUGCAAAGAGAUGAGGUUCCUGUUGAGGAGGAGCACUUGGAAGUCAAGGCUACUGUGACUGUGAAAAGCGUCCCCGACCACCAGCUUUUCUCCUCUGAGGAGGAGGAGGAAGAUGAUGAUGAAGACGAGACGGAAGAUGAAAGAUCAGAGGUUGAGGUUAUUCCAGGUCAGGCUCCACUGCCCCCAACUGAGGCCUUACCACACUUUCAGGGGAUUGUCAACCUAGCGUUUGAUGAUGAUGGUGUGGAUCAUGAGAAUGACCAGCCUGACUACCAGGCACCCUCAAACUUCCACCGGUCAGUGCUGCUGUCUGUUGAUGAGUGUGAGGAGUUGGGGUCAGAAGAGGGUGGCGUCCAAACUCCACCUCAGAAGCCCACUGUUGCUGUCACUCCCUGUGAUGUUUUUGAGCCCGACUCUACAGCUCCCCGGUCCAAUUGUGCCCCUUGCAGUGACCAACAGAACCACCUGCCGUGCAACCAUGAAAAAACAGGAAUAAAGGCCAAAACACACACAGAGGGAAAUGAAGAAAACCCCUCUUUAUUCCUUACAGCGAUCCAGGAGCCUGUACAGGAGGAGAGGAAUCCCAUCCUGGUGGAUGGUGUGAAGCCCAGCGUCCCUUCCCUGGACGUUGACACAAGAGAGCUCCCUCACCAGGAGCGCCCAUGCCACCUGGAUCUGCAGCACACUGAACAGUACAACGGUGGGCCAUGCAAAAAUCACACCAAUCCCUCAGAAAACAAGAAGGCUGAUUUACAUCUAGACUUAAAUGAGCCUCAGCUGACAGGGGACUCUCCUGUACAUGCUGCACAAUCACCAGCAGGGGACAAUGGUUGUGACAGAUUGGAUCAAAGCUGCAAACAUGACCGCCGGCCAUCCAAAGCCCUCUCUCCCAUUUACGAGACGGAUGCGGGAGAAACCUUUGAGCACUGCUUGGACAAGGACAGGAAUGUUAAACUGCAGGCAGAAGAAGAACAGCAAGGAAGGGAUGAUGACAAAAGCAUUGAGUUUGUAGAGAGGGACUGGAGCCUGCUCAGGCAGCUGCUCUCAGACCACGCGUCCAAUCUGGGUGUCAUAAACCCUGUGCCUGAGGAGCUCAAUCUGGCCCAGUACCUUAUCAAGCAAACACUGUCCCUGUCACGUGACUGCCUAGACUCACAGGCCUUCAUGUCCCCAGAGAAGGAGACCUUUAAACGUUGGGCAGAGCUCAUCUCACCCCUGGAGGAUUCUUCCACUAGCAUCACCGUGACCAGCUUCUCCCCAGAAGAUGCUGCAUCUCCACAGGGGGAGUGGACCAUCGUGGAACUGGAAACGCAUCACUGAUUGAACAGAGGAGACCCUCUCAAACAGUUGCCUUCCCUUGGAACGUCUUUACAUUAACUUUGUCUUAGUGUAUUAUAGUUUAUAAGCGUAUUCAGUCUCUGUUUUUAUAAUGUUUCUUUUCUGUAUUCUGUGAAACUCUGGACAUUGCAGCAGCUUAUUUGCAUUUCCCACUAUGCCCUUAGUGGAGUGUUUCUUUACACAAAUGGACUGUUACGCAUGCUUAUGAGAUUUUUGUAUGUUUGUUUAUUUGAUGUUGCUUUGAAUGCUCUAGAAAAGAAUAAGUAUGACAAAUCAUUACUUUCUCAUGGCAGUCUUCUGCUAAUAUGGUUGACUGAAGUUUCAUAAAGAAAAAUAAUACUGGCCUAAUGACUUGCAUUUAGUGUUAUAUUGAAAUAAAG